GGCGUGGCGAGGCGCGCGGGGAAGGGAGCGGGCCCCGCCUCCGGCCGAGGAGUGAGAACGGGUUGAUUGGGAGCUCCGCGCCCCCACCCCUCCCCCCGGACUCUCGUGCCACGUGAUGUGGCUAACGGGUGCCUUCGGAGGGGGAGAUGCCCCUCAGGAAGAGGAAGCGAGCUUGGACUACUGAACAAGCCUCCUUCCCAGAUGAGACACCUCUGGAGUUUAGAAAAGCAAGUGUCAGGGCAAAAGUGGCUACUUCUUCCAUUUCCAGUGCUUGGCUCAGAUGUGGUGAUGGAUUUCAGAGCACUUCCGUGCUGCAGACUACAGAAUGUACUGAAAAGAAGUCAAGGAUUAAUAAGCAUCUUGGGUCACUGCUUACCUCUUCUGAAGACACACUUGUAGGAAUCUCUAUAUCUAAGAACUCGAGAGAGCCUGCAGACAUCGUGUGGAGCUCUAGUGAUAGUGAUCUGUCAGAGGAUGAGAAUAAAACAUUAAUGCCAAGUUUGCACAAUCCAAAAAGUGAUGGCUUCAAAGGAGAGAGAUCUUAUAGCAGGCGUAAUUUAUUGUUAGAGGACAAGAGUAGUGAAGGUGAACCACAAUUCAUUGACUGGGAGAAGGACAGUGAUUCUGAUGUUGAUGUAGGUAGGUCUAAUGGAUCAGAAAAAGAUGACAGCCCAUUUGACAUACUGGAUGAAGAUUCCUAUGCAAGUAGUCUGCCUGGUGAAGAGAAGGGAGAUGAACCUUGUAAGCAGAGAACAUCUGGAAAUGACUCUGUUGUCUGGAGAGAACCACAGGGAAAGAAGAUAACUUCUACAGAAAUUUCUGAAUAUUCAUCUGAUAGUGAAAAUCUGGAAGAUGAUCAGGUGGAUAUGGAAACUAUUAAUUUAGGAUUAACCAAAAAGUUACAAUCAAAUUCUGAAAUGGAUUUGGGGCAAGCUACAGGAAGAUCUGCAAAUGACUGGCUAAAAUCUGCCCAAGCUCUUCUGCAGACUCCUAAGAAACAACCAGACAAGUCCUCUAGCACACUAGAAGAUUCUGCAAAGAAGAGAAAAUUGCUGAGGGGAGGGCUAGCAGAAAGACUGAAUCGACUGCAGAACAGAGAGAGGUCUGCCAUUACCUUUUGGAGACAUGAGUGUGUUUCAGAUUAUAAAAACCCUUCAGAUGGCAAAUCUGGUGUGUUAGUUGUGAAGAUCUUAGAGGUGCAUGAGGAGUGCACUAUGCAAGUUGCUAUCUGUCAGCAGCUGAGACAGUUUUCUUCUGACAGCUCCUUGGAAGAUGCUGUAACCCAUACUGAGCCCAUACUCAAGGUUCUCUUUACAAAGGAGACAGCAGGCCACCUCAGAGGAGGCCCACAAGACAUCAUCCACAUCUAUCCUCCCUGGCAGAAACUAAUUCUCCACAAUGAAAAUGUCCCAGUUAUCCUGAAUACGUAUUUUAGUCAGAAAGUGUUCUUCAGAGAACACACAGAAAUAAAGGAUAAGAUGCAUUGUCCAGAGCAGUUGCUUAUUAGAAGAAAUAUUGUAUCUUUGGCACAAAUAUUCACACUAAAUGAUCCCAGAGACAGUGCGCCCCAGCAAUCUGCAGUUAAUCAGAUUGCUUGUGCCAACAUGACUACUCCAGCUAUGCAGAUUCAUAGCAACCCUGAAUCCAAACUACAGCCAUUAGUGUUCAAUGUUCUACAUGACUCUCUGCUUGAAGUGGUGGAAAACCAGGGAGCAGCUGGGUGGAAGGGAGUGCAGGUACGAGUGGUUAUCCAAAGGGUGUAUUAUCUGCCUGCAAGAGAAGGUUUCAGAUGUCAACCUCCAGGGAACAGUUCUGUUCUUCCAACACCCUUUUUAAGUUCAGAUGGGCCAAAUGUUAGAUUAUGUCUCCUUGUUCAAGAUGUCUGCGGAAUUUUCAGUGAAGUCCAGUUCCAGGUCCCAUGUUCUACAGACGGGAUUGAACAAAAUAGCAGGAGAUGGGAAGGGAAAUCCUACUGCCUAGCUAGAAUGAAAAUUUUGCAGAGAACCACAAGAGGAAGGGCAUUGGGACUCUUUAGUCUGAUAGAUAGCUUGUGGCCUCCCUUAGUGCCUCUAAAAGUUCCUGGACAAAGUCAAGACUGUGAAGCGGCUACAACCAAACUUCCUCCUCCAAGCUUCUGUUAUAUUCUUACUGCUCAGCCUGAUCAAAUGCAUGUUGAUGUAAAUGAGGAAGAACAGAUCUCUAAUUUGUACAUGCCGCCAGCUGUGCAUGGUCUGAGGGAAGUUCUUCAGGUUGGAGGUUUUAAUCAACGCUGUAGCUUUUGGGCCCAAGUUAUAUAUCAAAGGCUGCAGGUAAAAUAUAAUGUUCCUGCGACUCAAAGGGAGUUUUGGUUGUUCGUGACUGACCCCACGUUGCAGACUGGAGUGGAGAAGAGUUGUAAACUUCCUAAAACUGUACCUGUCUCUGUCACUGCCUCUUGUGUUCUUGAUAAAGAAGUGAUGGAUGCACUAACCAGCACAUCCCACCACAUACUCUUCUUCAAGGAUGCACUGCAAGGAAAUGGUAGGAUUAUUUGUGUUGAACGUACCGUUCUCUUGUUACAAAAGCCCCUUUUGUGUUUGGCUGCUGGUGCUGACCUCAGUGAGCUGACUGGCCCUGUCGGACUAGAUGAGCUGGAUUCUACAACGCAGGCUGAUUCCAUUUGUACCGUAAGAGGCACUAUCACCGGAGUUAAUGAGGGCACUGCUUUCUCCUGGCCCACGUGUAACAGAUGUGGCAAUGGAAAACUGGAGUAUUAUCCACGGGAUCGGGAAAUGUUAUACUGCAGCCUCUGCUCCCAAGCUAUAAUUUCUCCAGUUCUCAAAAUGCAGCUUGAAGUCUUUCUGCGUUGUCCAUCCCGACCUCAGUGUAUGGUAAAAGUAAAGCUGUUACAGAAGACAAUUUCUUCUAUCCUGAUGUGCUCUUCCAGUGAGGAUGAGAGUUAUGAGGUGAAGAGAGUGCUGGGAAAGGAGGUGGGGUUAUUGAGCUGCUAUGUCCAGACUGUGACCAAUCACCCUAGCUGCAUUGCAUUGGAAGAAAUUGUCCUGCUAGAACCAGGAAGAAAUUGAACUGAACCUUGUCAGCUAUUAUAAUAUCUAUGGACUUUGUCAUGUGGUUAUUUGUUAACUAUUAGCAUAGAUAAUAAUGCAAGCAUGAUAAGUAUUGAGGUAGUUUAAUAAAACUGUGAUUUACAAAAUGCCUUAUGCUGGAAGUGAAUACAGUUCAGUUUUUUGAACAUGUAUAUGCCUAGCACUUCUGAUGUCCAGAAUUGAAGAAUAUAUGCAUCUUUUUGCAGUGUUCUAUUGUUUGUAAACCUAAAAAGACUUGUUUUGGAGGCCUGAAUGUUUGUAAAGAGAAUUACUGCUGAUAUUUGUAUAAUGAAUGUUAAGAUGAUGAUGUAUGUAUUGUGUGUCAAGGAAAAUACUUUUAAAAUGUUCUUUGAGACUAGUUUAUUUUAGCAUAAACAAUGAACAUCAUUCUAUUAAGUUGGAGGCUUGAAUAAUUAUUUCCAGAAGCCUUAUGCACUCCUGCUAGGAAGGAGCUGCUGUAAUUCUGAAUUGUAAUUGCACUGCACUAAAUAUUACAAGUGAGGAAAUUGUAAUAUCCUUGGUUACCUUUUGGAUGGUGUAUCAAAGGUACCUUCCCCCUUAUAGUUAAACUCCUUUCUAAAUAUAAAACUACUGUUGCAACCUCCCACAAAUUUCCCAUUAGGUGAAUGUUUCGUCACACAUGUGGUUAGUCUUAAGGAUAAAGAACUGGUUCAGGUGAGGCAUAACGGUAUUUUCUUAUAGCUACAUUGUCUGUAAAUAUGGAUAGAAGUUUAGGUUGUAACCAUGCCUAAAAUAGUAGAUAAACAUUUGCAUCUAUAGAUUGAAAUGUGAUGUAAAGCUAGAUGGACCACAUGGGUCUCUCUGCAGAUCAGAUUUUUUUUUAAACUUGUGCAGCAUGUGGCACAUUUACCAGCAAUAAUAUUAGCUCAGUUACAGGGUAACUGUUUCUGCACACUAAAUAAUUAAGUAGUACUGUGGCUUCUGAAUAGUAAACUACUACCUGGCACCAAGUGGACAUUUCUGUGGACCAGGUGUACGAGUGGUAGUCAGCCAGAUGCUACCAGGUGUACAGGCUGUGACAAGGACUGUUUUGGGCAGGAAAGCACUACAGCUUGGCAAGGGUGCUUGUAGCAGAAAACCCACACCUGUCAUGUUCUUAACAAAUGGGCUUCCCAGUAUGGGGGCCUAAAAGGGCUUACAUUUAUGCACUGUAUUUCUGGAUCUAGUUCUGCUUCCCCUGCCCACCUGUCAGUAGACCUGGAUUGUGACCGUCAGUUGUCCUGUGGUAUAGCACAUCAUACAGAAUGCUAUAAAACACAGCUGGGCAAAAAUGAAUGUAUCCUAUCCCUGAACUAAUAACUAACAAUCUGUUUUUCACAGAACACAUUUCUGAGAUCCUCUUUAAACAGACAAAUAUAGUUUUGCAAUAUUUUUUUGCGGGGGGCUUCAUGGUGGGGGGAAGGAGCUUUUCACUUGGGUGAAGUGCUGAUGGACGGACACCCCCUAGGAAGUGUCCUUGCUGUUAACUAGUUCUGGCAGGCUGCCUCUAGGAAGUGGCUGAACUGCUGCCUUAUGGUAAGUAUAAACUCAACCCCUGUACGGCAGAACAUGGGUGGAGGAAGGUGCAUUUUCUAGCUGUUAGAUCUGCACAAGUGACUUCUUACAGGAGGCAAAACUAGUAGGAAGCCUUCAGGCUGCUCAGUAAGCCCUGUCAGCACUUUGUCCCGGUUGGAAAAAGCAAAACAAACCCUUUCCUGCCCAGGACCUGAACAGACUCCCAAGCAGGUGGGGCAGUCCCCAACCUGGAGGAGAGUGGGUCGACACCUGGCUGGGAUCAUUUGAGCUCAGCAGGAUUCCUGUUCAGAGCAGGGGCUUGGACUCCACGAUCUCUCAAGGUCCCUUCCAGCCUUCAGCUGCUCCCAUCCAGGGCUAGCUCAAACCUGUGCGUGGAGCACCCCGCCAGGAGACCCGGGGCCGCAUGCCUCGCGCUGCCUAACUUUCCGAGGGGGAAGAGGGAUCCCUGCCCAGGGCCCCCCAGCUCCCUCCCGGCCACACCACACGGAGCCCGAGUGUCUGCAAAGGCUGCUUUAUUCUUAGAAACGCUGUAAAAAUCGAUAUAAAAGGUUGAGCGCGCUCGGCCGCCCCGCACGCGCGCGGGGGGCUGCGGACCCUUUCCGACGCGCGUACCGCCCGUACCGCAGUACAACCAGGUAGAAAAAGACACGCGCACACACACACACGCACGCACGCACACACGCAUAAGCUCCCGUUACAAAAAUAAUUUAAGGGCAAAACACAGGGAUUUCGCUCGAGUCCGCUCUUUUCUUCUUGGCAA